GCACCAUCGCAAGCUUGGAGUCGAAGGUCAUCGAAGCCGAAGCCAAGGCCGUGCUCACCGCGGACGAGCUCCGCUCUGCCCACGAGAUCCUGGAGAAGCUGAAGAGCGCUGACAAAGGAUUGCAGGAAGCCUUGGCCUCCGGGGAUCCGAUCGCGCUUCAAGGAGCUCUGACAGAGGCGGAGGCAGCUGGCCUUCAGGGAGCUCGACGGAUUGAAGCGGAAACAAAGCUGAAGGAGCUGAAGGAAGUCCAACCCGCAGAGGUACCUUCACCGGAAACUGAAAACGGUGCAAAGGCGCC